CAAACUAUAAAUACAUGCACAACCUCCUAGACAAGCCUCCAGUACCGUAUCCGCUCUCAAACAAAAUGACUGCUCCCAAUUUUCUCUUCACAUGUGUAAUAGUUUUCUUCUGGUCCUUACUCCUAUCUUCUUUUCACGCCAUUCCUGCUUACCCAACUGAUGAUUCUCUCAAGGUCUCUGCUACUUAUUCUCAGAAGGUUAAUCUAUCUCUCUACUAUGAUACGUUGUGUCCAUUUUGCGCAACUUUCAUAGUGAAAAACCUCACGGGAGUCUUCUACGAGGACCUCAUCAACAUCAUCAAUCUCAGGCUAGUUCCCUGGGGCAACUCUUACAUCAAUAAAUCUAGCAAUAGCAUUGUUUGUCAGCAUGGCCCGGAUGAAUGCAUACUCAAUACUUUGGAAGCCUGUGCCAUUGACGUCUUGCAAAAUGUGAACAAGCAUUACGCUUUGAUAUACUGCUUUGAAUUUCUAGCCAUUGAAGGAAGGGAAAAAGACUGGAAAAGUUGUUUCAACUCUCUGGGGUUGCCCAAGAAACCCGUUUUGGAUUGCUAUAUUAGUGGAAAUGGAACAAGGCUUGUGCAGAAGUAUGCUGAUGAAACUGCCCGUCUAAAUCCCCCCCAUACAUUUGUGCCAUGGGUGGUGGUGAAUAAUCAUCCACUCCAAGAGGAGUAUCAAAAUUUUGCAGCAUACGUCUGCAAGGCAUACAAAGGCAGCGGUGCACCCGAGGUCUGCAAAUCGCUUGUAACUCAGAUCAACUAGAUUACAAGGCAUAUGUAAUCGAUGAAAUUUGCAAUACAUGUGAAACUAUAAGACUAGACCCUAACCAAACCAAUAUCCUAGGCAAAAAACAUGCAUGAUUUCGUACGUUGCACGUGAAUGUAAGCUUCAGAAUGAAUCUACGUUGUGUUCACUAAAAAACAAUCAUGUUUGAUAAUCAUUGAUCCCUC